AUGCAGAGUGAUGUAACCCUAAUCAAGGUAUUUUCCUUAAUGUGCAAUACUAAAAGGCCAUUUCUCAUAUGGAAAUUUGUUAUUUUUGCAGCAUUACAGACAAAUGAAUAUUCCAACAUAAGUAAUUGCUCUAGUUCUAGGAGUAAAUUCAUCCUUUGGGUUUCCCUUAUACCUGGGAAAUUCAGAAGAAAGAGGAAAAUCUUUUCAGUCUUCUCUGGAAUAUAUAUGUUGACACUAACUGGAACUGUUAUCUGUGCUGUGAUGUGGGACCAUCAACUACAAAUGCCAAUGGACAUCCUGCUGGCCAAUUUUUCCUUCCUGGAGAUCUGGUUUAUCACCUCCACUGUCCCUAAUAUGCUAGCCAACUUUCUCUCUGAGGCCAACACCAUUUCUGUCUCUGGCUGCUUCCUCCAAUCCUACUUCUUCUUGUCCCUGGGCACCACUGAGACCUUCUUCUUGUCUGCCAUGGCCUUUGACAAGUACCUUGCUAUCUUCAGGCGCCUGCAUUACCCCACUGUCAUGUCAGUUCAGCACUGCAUCAGAACAGGAGCUGGGUGCUGGGUAUGUGGCUUCCUGUAUUUCCUGUUGCCUAUUUACCUGAUCUCUCAGCUCCCAUUUUGUUGUUCCAGUAAGAUUGAUCACUUCCUGUGUGACCCAGAUAUCCUCAUAAAUCUGUCCCAUAUGCCAUUUCCUGCCACUGAGAUCAUCUGUGCCAUCUUUAACUCAGUCUUCAUUUUCCCCACCUUUCUUUUUAUUGCCAGCUCCUACGUCCUGGUGAGUAGAACUGUGGCUCAGGGUCCCUUCUCCACGUGUGGCUCCCAUCUGGCUGUGGUAUCCCUGUUUUAUGGCUCUAUCAUGGUUGUAUAUGUAAGUCCAACAGCAGACAAUCUAGCUGAAGUAAUUCCUUGCUCUAUCAUCUCUGAAGUAAGGAGAUGA